AACCCACUAAAACCCUAGUUCCCUCUUGCCCGCCACACAUCUCAAACCCCCAAAACCCUAGCUCUAUUCACCACCACCACCUAUCAAUGGAAGCUGAAGCCGUGAAAACAAACCUAGUUCUCAUCCUAGACUUCGGUUCUCAGUACACCCACCUCAUCACUCGCCGAAUCCGAAGCCUCUCUGUCUUCUCUGUCUGCAUCUCCGGCACCUCGUCUCUCAAAUCCAUCGCCGACCUAAACCCAUCUGUCAUCAUCCUCUCCGGUGGCCCUCACUCGGUCCACGCGCCCAACGCGCCGUGUUUCCCAGAUGGGUUCAUCAAGUAUGUCGAGUCCAACGGCGUGUUUGUGUUGGGUAUAUGCUAUGGGUUACAGCUGAUUGUGCAGAGACUCGGUGGGGAGGUUAGGGUUGGGGAUAAGCAAGAGUAUGGGAGGAUGGAAAUUGAGGUGAACAAGGCUUGUGGUCUGUUUGGGUCCAAGAGGGUUGGUCAUAGGCAGGUUGUGUGGAUGAGUCAUGGUGAUGAGGCUGUGAGAUUGCCAAAUGGGUUUGAAGUGUUGGCGCGGAGUGAUCAGGGCUCGGUGGCGGCUGUUGAGAAUCCGGCGAGGCGGUUUUAUGGGCUUCAAUAUCACCCGGAGGUGACCCAUUCACCAGAAGGGAUGGAAACACUCCGGUAUUUUCUCUUUGAUGUUUGUGGAGUAACUGCGGGCUGGAAAAUGGAAGAUGUACUCAAUGAAGAAAUAAAAGCUAUCAAAGGCAUGGUGGGGGCCGAAGAUCAUGUGAUUUGUGCAUUAUCUGGAGGUGUGGAUUCCACAGUUGCAGCCACCCUUGUUCAUAAGGCAAUUGGAGACAGGCUUCAUUGUGUUUUUGUUGACAAUGGUUUAUUGAGGUACAAGGAGAGAGAGCGUGUGAUGGAAACAUGUGAUCAGGAUCUUCAUUUACCUGUUACUUGUGUUGAUGCAACAGAGCAAUUUCUUAGCAAGCUAAAAGGUGUUGUUGAUCCUGAGAUGAAGAGGAAGAUCAUUGGAAAGGAGUUUAUCAGUAUCUUUGAUGCUUUUGCUCAAGAUUUGGAUAAUAAAUUAGGAAAGAGACCUGCUUACUUGGUCCAAGGAACUUUAUAUCCUGAUGUGAUUGAAUCUUGCCCGCCUCCUGGAAGUGGAAGUACCCAUUCUCACACAAUCAAGAGCCAUCACAAUGUUGGAGGACUUCCCAAGGAUAUGAAAUUAAAGCUCAUUGAACCGCUUAAACUUUUAUUCAAGGAUGAGGUGCGUGAAUUGGGAAGGAUCUUGGAGGUUCCUGUGGCAUUUCUUAAACGCCACCCGUUCCCUGGGCCUGGCCUUGCAGUACGAGUUUUGGGUGAUGUCACUGAAGGAAAUGCCUUGGAGAUCCUUCGCCAGGUGGAUGAGAUUUUCAUUCAAUCAAUAAAGGAUGCUGGUAUUUACGAUUCUAUAUGGCAAGCUUUUGCUGUGUUUUUGCCAGUAAGAUCAGUGGGAGUUCAAGGAGAUCAAAGAACACAUUCGCAUGUUGUUGCCCUUAGAGCUGUUACAAGUCAAGAUGGAAUGACUGCUGACUGGUAUAAUUUUGAACACAAGUUCCUUGAUGAUGUGGCUAGAAAGAUUUGCAACACUGUUCGGGGUGUAAACCGAGUUGUUCAAGACAUUACAUCAAAGCCUCCUUCAACAAUUGAGUGGGAGUGAUAUUUGCUGGAUGCAUUUGGCUUGUUGGAAAAUGAGUAAGAAUUUGGAUGAAUUUAUAGGGUAUAUAGGUUGAUCAUCACUUCAAAUUUGGUGAUGUUGGUAAGAAACAAAAUGAGUAGUGGGAAUUAACAAUGUUUUGGGUUCCGCCCUUGAAACAUCCAAUAGACUUGAUUCUUUGUAUGAUAAUGCUUUUGAACUAUUUAUAAAAAUUUGUUGAAGAAAAUAUUCUACUUUCCAAGCACAGGUUUGAUCA